AUGAUGCAAAUCGGCUCAACAGUUCCGGCGCAUAAUCUUGACGUAUUUCAGGAAAGAUUCGCCGUUAAUUGUAAUGGGUAUUCUGUGAAACUCGCAACAAAAGCUUGUUUAUCGAAGACCUCCAUGAAAACCACAAGCUUAUCAAGAACCAAGUUCACAAGGAAACACCUUUCAAAUCUUGAAAGACUAAUAGGUACAGAACCUGAGGUGAUCCAAUUGGAACCCAAAGUGAGUGCUGAUAAUGGGUUGCCGGAGGCGGAGAGUAGAGGAAAGGGGGGUCUUUUAGAGGGACUAAAUUUACCUCAAAUUUGGCCGGAAAAUAAAGCAGCGGAGGAAAUGUCUCCCCGGCAGCUGAACCGGCUCCAACGGUUGUUGUCGAAGAACGGGAUGGAAUAUUCUCCCCGAAACAGCCUGGCUUCCAGGUGGAGAGAGUAUCACGGGAGCAAUAAUUGGGUUGGUUUACUUGAUCCGCUGGACUAG